CAGUGGCCACAGAUGUCUUCAACUCCAAAAGUCUGGCCAUUCAGGCCCAGAAGAAGAUCCUUGGAAAGAUGGUGUCUAAAUCAAUAGCAACUACUUUGAUCGAUGAUACAAGCAGUGAUGUUUUAGAUGAGCUCUACAGAGUGACAAAGGAAUAUACACAAAAUAAAAAGGAAGCAGAGAAAAUAAUCAAAAACCUCAUUAAAAUAGUUCUCAAAUUGGCAAUUCUCUACAGGAACAACCAAUUUAAUCAGGAUGAAAUAGCCUUGAUGGAGAAAUUCAAGAAGAAGGUUCAUCAGCUGGCUAAGACGGUGGUCAGUUUCCAUCAGGUGGAUUAUACCUUUGACAGGAAUUUUUUGUCUAAACUGUUAAAUGAUUGUAGAGAGCUACUUCAUGAAAUCAUUCAGCGCCACCUAACUGCAAAGUCACAUGGACGUGUCAACAAUGUGUUUGAUCACUUCUCUGAUUGUGAAUUUUUGGCUGCUUUGUACAAUCCCUUUGGACCUUAUAAACUCCAUCUGCAGAAACUUUGUGAUGGUGUCAACAAAAUGCUAGAUGAGGGGAACAUAUAAGUACUUGUAUUAAAGCUGACUGGCUAUGCAUUAUUUGUAGAUGGAACACUGUUGAUUUAUGAAGGAAUAAGGGAGCAUGCAAAAAGGUUUUUUUACAUUAUAACAAAUAUUUUGAAAAAUAUCUUUAUUAAAUUGAUUCCUUAUUAUGAGCUAUCUGUUGCUAUUCACAGUCCGUCUGGAAGAAAGACUGCAUAUGACUUUUUUUACUGUGCUUUGCCUACAGAAACAGCUGGAAAAA